UGAAGCUGUUCAAACAGAUUAACGCAUUGUUUCUCAAGAUGAGUUUCUAAGCAAACUCAUAAUUCAGUAUAAUCUUUGUUUUUUUCUGCAAUUAUUUUCAAGUUCUUGAAAAACAAUGGCAAUGGCAUCUACUUCAUCUGCUAAAACAAGCUAUGAUGUUUUUCUUAGUUUUAGAGGUGCCGAAACCCGCCAUAAUUUCACCAGCCACCUUCACCAAAAACUGGUCGACAAAAAUAUCCAAACUUUCAUAGACAAUACGCUUGAUAGAGGUGAACAAAUUGAAUCAUCGCUCAUGCAAGUCAUCGAAGAGUCUCGAAUUUCAGUCGUCGUUUUCUCAAAGGGGUAUGCAUCUUCUCCAUGGUGUUUGGAUGAACUCGUCAAGAUUAUUGAGUGCAGAGAACUAAUGGGUCGAACUGUUCUUCCGAUUUUCUACAAUGUUGAUCCAUCUGAUGUUCAAUACCAGACUGGAUUAUUCGGAGAUGGGUUUGAGGAGCUUGAAGCAGAGCAUAGUCAUAGUAUGGCUAAAUGGAGAAACGCGUUGACGGAGGCUGCCACUCUCUCAGGUUGGGAUUCAAACAAUCACAGGCCGGAUUCCAAAUUAGUUGAAGUAGUUGUUAAAGACAUCGUGAACAAAAUUUCUCCUACCUCCUAUAGUAUCUGCAGUGAUUUGGUUGGGAUUGACUCGCAUAUUCGGCAUAUUAUACCAUUACUCUGCAUGGAGUCGAUAGAUGUUCGUGUUCUUGGGCUUUGGGGAAUGGGUGGUAUAGGGAAGACAACCAUUGCUGAAGCUCUCGUUAGUCAAAUAUCUAACCAAUAUGAUGGAUGUUGCUUUCUUAGUAAUGUCAGGGAAGAGUCAUCGAAAAGUGGAUUAAUUCAUCUUAGAAAAUGUUUGUUUUCGAAGAUUUUGGGUGAUGAUAUUUUGAGUAUAGAAAUGUCUCGUGUGCUUCCCACUUUUGUUAUGAAUAGACUUAGAAAAAAGAAGGUCAUUGUUGUUCUUGAUGAUGUAAAUGACUCUGAACAGUUGGAGGUUUUAGCUGGAAAUCGUAAUUGGUUUGGUCCAGGAAGCCGAGUUAUUGUGACAAGUAGAGAUAAACAAGUACUUCAAAAUAUUACUGACAAUAUAUAUGAGGUUAAAGGAUUAGAUGACAUUGAUGCACAGCGACUGUUAACUAUAAAGGCUUUCAAAGCUGAGCAGCCUCCAAAGGUUUAUACCAAUUUGAUAGAAAGGGUUGUCAAUUACUCUAAAGGUGUUCCGUUAGCUCUUAAAGUGUUGGGCUCCCAUCUAUGCACAAGGUCGCCAAGAGAGUGGGAAUCCUUAUUGGACAAACUGAAACAAUCUCCUGACAAGGAAAUUCAGAAAAUCCAGAAAAUCCUAGAGGUAAGUUAUGAUGAACUAGAAAAUGAGGUGAAGAAUAUAUUUCUUGACAUAGCUUGUUUCUUUAAGGGUUCAAGCAGAUGUUGGGUGGAAAAUAUACUAAAUGGUUGUGGUUUCAGUUCAAGCUGGGGAAUAAUGUGCCUGAUUGAUAAGUGUCUCUUAACUGUUGGAUCAUACGAUACGCUGGAAAUGCACGAUCUAAUACAGGAAAUGGGUCGACAUAUUGCCCAAAGAGAAGGCAGUAGAUUGGUGGAUUGUAAGGUCAUCUGUCACAUGUUAGCAAAUACGAAGGGAAAGGAAUCAGUACAAGGCAUAUGUUUGGACAUGUCAAAAGUCGACAAGAUUUGCUUGCAUCCAAAAGCCUUCUCACAGAUGCCAAACUUAAGGUUGCUCAAAUUUUAUAGACGCCCUUAUGAUUUGCAAAGAGAACAAAAGCCCGUCUUCAUGCUUGAAUCUGGUCAAUCGGAGUAUCUUAUGUGUCUUCCUAGCAUGCUAAGUCUUAUCCACUGGGAAGAAUAUCCUUACAAGUCUUUGCCAUCAAAAUUUUCCAUGGAAAACCUUGUUGAACUUAAAUUGCCAAAGAGCAAUAUCACACACCUUUGGGAUGGAGAUAAGUGUCCUCAAAAUUUGAAGAAGUUGAAUCUUUCUCACUGCCAACAACUAACGAGCCUCCCUAAUCUCUCUUCAGCUACAAGAUUGAAUGAAAUAAACCUUUUUUUAUGUGAAAGUUUGGCUCAGAUCGACUCAUCCAUAAAGCUCCUUUAUAAUCUUACCCAUCUCUGUCUACAUGGGUGCAAGAAGCUGAAGACUCUUCCAGAGAUUCCGCCAAAUAUACAACGGUUUGAUAUAAGCAAGUCUGGAGUGGUAGAGUGGUCCCCAUCAAUUCAAUUUCUUGACGACCUUGACUACUUCGAUAUGUAUGAUUGUAUAAACAUUACAAGUCUUCCAAUCAAGCUCAGUUUAAGCUGCGUUUCUGAUGAAGAUCCCUCACGACUUAAUCUCAGCGGCUGCCAAAAUCUUGUUAAGCUGCCAGAGAUAGAAGGAAACGUAGAAAAAUUGGAUUUAAGUAAGACUGCGAUAGAAGAACUACCAUCUUCAAUUGGAUAUAUAUCACCAUUACUUGUUUCUUUGAUCAUGGUCGACUGUAAAAGUCUCGAGACUCUCCCAGAUAGCAUUUGCGAGUUGGAAUACCUUCAAAUACUUAAACUCAGAGGCUGCUCAAAAUUUUCCAAAUUGCCUCUGUUAUAUGGUUUGUGCUCCUUAGAAAAGCUUGAUCUUAGUGGCUGCUCAAAACUUGAGGAAUUGCCGCCUCUACAAGGUUUGGAUUCUUUAGAGAAGCUAAGGCUUGAUGGGACUUCACUUGUAGAGAUUCCCAGUGACAUCGUCUCUUUAUUAUCAUUAGAGAUAUUGAGUCUAGAGAACUGCAAGAGACUACAAAGUUUGCCUAAGCUUCCACAACAGCUAAGACAACUCCAAGUUGAAAAUUGUACAUCUUUGGGAACUAUAGAAUCAUCUUAUCAUACUGUAUCCACAGUUUUAACUUACUAUCACCGGUUCAAUUACUGUAAUUGCGUGAACUUGGACGACAAUUCUCUUUCCAAUAUUCUUGCAGAUGCAUGGUUGCUUUUGGAAGAAUUAGCCAUUGCUUUUAUUGAUGCUAAGAAGCACUUCGGAGUUUCUUAUGAAGCUUGUAUACCAGGAAGUGAAAUACCAGAGUGGUACAGCUAUCAAAGCCAAGGAUCUUUAAUAACAACUGUGUUCCCUCCUUUUAGCUUUACCACUAUGUUCCUUGGUUUUGCCUUUUCUUUUGUUCUUGAGCCACAAUUAAACUCCGCCUCUUCCAACUGGAUCUCUUUUAGAUGUGAUUGCCACUUCGAAAAUGCUAAAGGUGAAGAACAUUUGUACUUUAGUAAAUGCAAGGAUCAUCAUUAUGCUGUGCCUGAAUCAGAACAUGUGUUUCUUUGGUAUGACUUAAAUUGUGAUUCUGGUAAAAACAAAUGGCUCUUAGAAAAUGGUUUCAGUGUCAUCGAAGCUUCAUUUGAUUUCCGUGUUUUUAGUGGAACGGGAAUCAACAGGAAAGAAUUAAAGGUGAAAAAAUGUGGGUUGCAUGUGAUAUAUGAUGCAGAUGUGCAGAAAGAAUGGAAUAGAAGCAGAGUAACCAACAAAAAGAGAUGCAUUAGAAGCAAUGAAGAGGAACCGCUCCCUAAAAGAAUGAAAGGAAAGAAUGCUGCUUUAGUUCCUUCAACCUCCUCGUAUAAUUCCGAACAUGAUCUGAAGGCAAAUGAAGAUGAAGAUGAAUUCGACUCAAUGGAUGAUGAAGAUGAAGAAGAUGCAAAUGAGCUAGAUCUUGAUUUGGAAUCGGAAGAGAGCUAUGAAGAUGAGGACGAAGUAGACGAAUGGAAUAAUGAACUUCAGUCAGAUGAGCUAGAAUAUGAUUCUGAAUUCGAAGAGUCUAAUGAAGAUGAAGACGAGUGCGACGAAGAAGAAGGAGAUAGUGAUUAGUGUUUAUAAAUUUAUACUUAAAUCACUGUAUAUAUGAAGAAGAAGUGAACCAGUUUGAUCAUCUGGGAAAAGAGUUGGCUGACUUAAAUGAAAGCAAAGAAGGAAAUUUUAAAAUUUGAAAGCAAUGCUCAGUUCAUUGAAGUACUACUGCAGCACUUUCAAGAAAACUGAUGAAACUGUAAUAAAUGUAAAACCUGAGAUAGGCAGUACGCUAGCUAGCGUUAUUGUGCUAGCCAGAACCAUUUUCCGAGAAGCCAAGGGAGAACACAGUCUGAAAUCAGAAAUUUUAUGGUUCCUGACAGUGACAAGGAAAUAUGUUGCUUACUGAUUCUGAUUUCAUAGUUCUGAUCUGACUCGUUCUUGCGACAAGAAGAUCAGCAAAAUGUUCAUUAGGAUUUAAAGCAUGGUGCUUUUUCUUCCCUUUGCCUUGUAUAUCACAAACACCAUAAGCUAUGCAGGUUUAUUUAUUGCUAAUCAGUUCAAGAUUCCCUCAAUUUCAAA